AUGUCAAAAGAUGAACAUAAAUUACCUCUUUCAAAGAGAAAGGAAUCAAUUAUCUUUAUGAUGAUAUUAUUUGCAUUCCAAGUAUUUAUGGUUGUAUUAUUUUCAGUAUGGGUUAGAUAUUCAAAGAAUGAAGUGAAUUAUAGUACUUUAACACCUGAACAACUUCAAGAAUUAGAAGCAACAGGUGGUGUAGUUCAAGAGGAAGUUACAAAUAUAUAUGGAUAUUUUAGAGAUAUUAAUAUUAUGAUCUUUUUCGGUUUUGGUUUCUUAAUGACUUUUUUACGUCGUUAUGGUUAUUCAGCACUCGGUUAUACAUUCAUCAUCUCUGCUUUGGUUGCACAAUGGUCAGUUUUAAUUUACGGUUUCUUUGAAACUGUUGAUCAUAAAAAUGAUCAUGGUGGUGAUUAUGCCUCAACUUUCGAGAUGUCCCAAACUGUGCUUUUGCAAGGUUUGUUCUGUGCUGGUGCCGUUAUGAUUAGUUAUGGUGCUGUUCUUGGUAGAGUCACCCCAUUGCAAAUGUUGGUUGUGGGUAUAUUUGAGCCAAUUUUUUAUUUCUUGAAUAUGUUUAUCGGUGAGAUGAAUUUAGAGGCAAUUGAUGUCGGUGGUGGUAUGUACAUUCAUUUGUUUGGCUCAGUAUUUGGUUUAACCAUUGCAUGGUUCUUGACAGAUAAGAAAUCCAAAGAUUGUGAAGAUAAUAGUCCAUCCUAUACUGGUGACUAUUUUGCUAUGGCUGGUACAUUGUUCCUUUGGAUGAUGUGGCCAUCAUUCAAUGCUGCAAUUGCACCAUUGGGCGAACCACAAUUCAGAGCCAUUGCCAAUACAUUCCUUUCAUUGACUGCCUCCACUAUCGCCACAUUCAUCGUCACUAGAUUGUUCGGUCAUUUAGGUCACAAAAUCGAUAUGGUACAUGUUCAAAAUAGUUCAUUGGCUGGUGGUGUGGUUCAAGGUUGCUUAGCUCAUAUGAACAUUAAUCCAGGUGGUGCUAUUGGUAUGGGUUUUUUAGCUGGUGUAAUUAGUGUAAUUGGUUAUCUCUUCAUUUCACCAUUCCUUCAACGUAGAUUCAAUAUUCAAGAUACUUGUGGUAUUCAUAAUCUUCAUUUCAUGCCAGGUUUCAUUGGUUCCAUUGCUGCUUGUAUUGCCGCUUGGAAAGGUCUUAACGAUAGAUCACUCUAUAAUCCAAUUGAAUUUAAUCAAAUUUUCCGUGCUGGUGAAGAUCAAGCUAGAAAUAAUGCAGCUGCUACCUUCAUUUCAAUUGGUAUUGCAAUUGCUGGUGGUUUAUUCGUCGGUAUGAUUCUUAAGGCACUUAAAAAAGUUGGUGGUCUUAAAGCUAAACAAUACUAUCAAGAUAGUGCUUUCUGGCAUGUACCAAUCGAUUAUCCAAAAGAUGUCGAAUAUGUUGUCGAACAAAAUAAUUUACCAAUGCCAACAACUGAUAAUGGUGAUAAUGUAGUUGGUGGUGGUGUUGAAAUGAAAAAGCAUAAUAAUAAUAACAAUAAAAAAGAAAACGGAUAUCGUAGAGAUUUAAUCCGUUUACUCGAAACUUUAGUUAGAAACGAACAAUCAACUGAUUCAUCCUAUAGUGAUUCAGAUUCAUCUGAUGAAGAAGAAAAAGAAAGAAGAAUUAGAAAAUUAGCAAAGAAAUCUUAUCGUCGUUCAAAGAAAUCACACUCUGAACAUCAACCACAACAUCAACCAGAAGAAUCAACUUUUAAUAAUAAUAAUAAUAAUAAUAAUAAUAAUGCAACUGCCGAAACAACUGAUAAUGGUGGUUCUUCAACAAAUUCACCUACUUCAAAAGUUUAA